AUGAUGGGAAUAUUGUAUGAGAAAAGGCCAUUGAAACGGCCUAAGUUAGGGCCGCCUGACGUUUACCCUCAAGAACCGAAACAGAAAGAAGAUGAACUUACUUCGACGAACGUCAAACUUGGCUUUGCGACGAUGCCUCAAAUGUCCGAAGAGUUCGGCACGGCGAGACACUGUAACGUCACUGCCGCGAAAGUGGGAGCGUAUUUUAAUGCUAUUCUAGCAAAGAAGGAGGAGCUCUCUACGAUGCCGGACACGGCAAGGAAGCGGCAGCAGAUCAACCCGAAGGAUAAUUUCUGGCCAGUGACUGCUAGAACAAAAAACGGUAUCGAAGCAUGGUUCAAGGAUCUCUCUGGAUGCAAACCGUUAAUAGCUCUUGCGAAAAAGGCACCUAACUUCAAUAAGAAGGAAGAGAUAUUCAUGAUGCUUUGCGAGUACCAAGUGCCAAUGUUGAGAGCUGCUUGGUUUAUCAAGCUUAGCUCUGCAUAUACAGUAGCAGUUUCUGAAGCCAAGAUAAAGAAAAGACAAUUACCAGAUCCAACUACAGAGUGGACAGGGACACUUAUCAAGUUCUUAAAGGAUCAACUUUCGAAACUUCAAGAAUACUAUCACAUAAACAAUAGUAUAACAAAUGCAGCUACCACUAAUGGCAUUACAAAUAAUUCUUGUAAUGGAAACAACGUUGGAAGUAACAACAGUAACAGUAAUACUAAUAGUAAUGUUAGUAAUAAUACUAGUAGUAAUAAUGGAGUUGCCAAUAAUCAGCCAGCCACACCAAAUUCAAGUUGUCAAGUAACACCUGGAAAUGCUAUGAAUGAAGAGCAUAAAUUAGCAUUGAAACAAUGGCAUUAUUGCAUACAACUGGCAAAAUAUAUGUUUGAAGAAGGAUUGUUAGAUAGGCAAGAAUUGCUACAAUGGAUUUUAGAAUUAUUAGAUAAAAUAAAAUCGUCUCCUUCGGAGGAUGGCAUUUUGAAGCUUUUAUUACCACUGGCGUUACAGUAUCUAGAAGAAUUUGUGCAAUCUGAAUUGUUAGCCAGACGUUUAGCAUAUUUGUGUUGUCGCAAAUUAGCGCAUAUGUGUAACAACAUGGAAACCAACAGCAAUCCCCAAAGUCCGUCCAUAAACAAAAGCGAUGUCAAUGGUGGGAAAGACACUGCCAGUACUAGUCAAACGCAAAAUCCAUUAACCAUUGCUUUUAACGAUUAUCUGUCGUGUCCACAUCACAGAGACGUAAUUUACAAUCUAUCAACAAUAAUCCAGGUCAUAACAUUGGAAUGUCCUACCGCAUUAGUUUGGAAUAGCGUUGGCGAAGGAAAAGCAUCAUCAAUGUUGAACGGUUCUCCUUUGGAUUAUUUACCAUGUCUUCCUACAGCUUUGCCAUGUCCAGCAGUGACUGCUACUAAUCCUACGCUGAAACAACUGAAAAUCGCUCAAGAAAAUAUUCGCGCGAGAUCUCAAGCCGCAGAAGGGAAAUGGUCAUGCGAUAAAUGGCAGCAAAGCAGUGCCGGGAUAACGACCACUAAAGUACUGGCUGCCCUGGAUGCUCUCGAUCGGCAUAGUUUCGAUAGAAUGGAUUCUACCAAUUCCUUGGACACUUUAUACGCCAAGAUAUUUACAUCUCCACCGAAAGAUAAUACUAAUGAACGAGACACGAAAACGGAAUAUAAUCCGCAACAAGACUCUGCCGUGGUUGAAAUUUUAUGCGAAUGGGCAGUUAGUGCUGAAAGAUGGGGUGAACAUAGAGCAAUGGCAGUCGCGAAGUUACUUGAAAAACGGCAGAGUGAAGUUACCGGGGAAACGAAUGAUAAUGAUGAUAAAGAUAGUGUAUGCAGCAAUGGAAAUCCACCUGUGCUGCCGAUCUUUCAACCAUUACUCAUGAAGUUUUUGGAUGUGGACGCCCCGGUACUAGAUAAUACAACAGCUCAGUUAAAGAUUCAGUUUACGAAUUUGGUUCACUUAUUUUCAGAAUUAAUUAGACACGAUGUAUUUUCGCAUGAUGCGUAUAUGUGCACGCUUAUUUCACGAGGAGAUCUUAUACAAGGCCCUGUGGCUAGUAAACCUGGAACUCCUAGUAAUCGAGAACCAAUGGAUGAAGACAGCUUGUUUCCAGGAAUAGAUUUAAAACCAGCCAAGUUAGAAGUGCCAGAUCACGGACGUACGAUGGAUUAUGAUGACAGUAAAAUUGAUGACGAUUUAGACAAGUUGUUGCAACAUAUUAAAGAAGACCAGCAAAAUAGCAUGGAUGCUCCUGAUAGUCCUAAAGAAGAUGCACUUGGUGGGCAUGGUACUCAAGAAGGAUUGGAUUCGAAAAUGUCAUCGAGUCACAGUAGACAUUUGUUGUAUACAACGCAUUUCCCACUACCACAGGAUGAAACGUGCAGCCAACAUGACUGCAAUCAACGACAUGUGUUAUUGUAUGGAGUGGGUCGUGUCAGAGACGAAGCAAGGCAUAUUGUGAAAAAGAUGACGAAAGAAGUGUGUAAACUGUUCGGAAAGAAAUUCAGUAUUGACGUCGCUGAGGGUGGAAAGGUGAAGAAACAUUCCCGCAGUGAAUUUAACUUUGAGGCUGUUACAUUGAAGUUCCAGAAUCUCAGUUACUUCGAUCAACACGUAGUGACGUGGCAGUGUGCGACUCAAGUGAUAGAAAUGUUGAACACAUUUGCGCUGUCCGGCUCCUCUUAUUUACCCGUGCAAGAGCACGUAGCGUUUCUGUUCGAUUUAAUGGAACUGGCAUUAAACAUAUACGGUUUGAUUGAUGUUUGCAUUCAGAUACUGAAAGAGUUACCAGAAGUUGAGACGCAGUUAGGAAUUAGAAACAGUCAACUUGUUAGAAGUUAUACCACGAAUUUAAGCCUAUAUGUUGUGGGAGUAUUAAGAAGAUAUCAUUGCUGUCUAUUGUUAUCUCCGGAACAAACUACGGCAGUGUUCGAUUUACUUUGCAAAGUUGUGAAGCACGUGUCUAAUCCUAGCGACUGCAGUUCCGCUGAACGAUGUGUGUUAGCUCAUCUUUACGACUUAUAUUCGUCAUGCUCUUUAUUGAAAACGAAACCACAUGGAGUGGAAGCAUUUAGUAACGCUUACCCGAAAAUCCGGACAGCUCUCUACAGCACAUUGCAGCCGACGACAUCGAGCCAUGUAUAUAACUCGCAGUUCAUGGUGGACGUUUUUACCAGUCCAAGGCGCGGAGGGAAGAUCGAGCCACAGUGGGCCAGACAAUUGAAUGAAACACCGGCAAAUCGUUACAGCUUCGUUUGCAACGCAAUCGUUGCAGUUUGUAGCGAAACGGAUAACGAUAAACUGAACGAUAUCGCGAUAACGUGCGCGGAAUUAACAGCUUGUUGCAACGCGCUUAACGCCGAGUGGCUAGGAGUUCUCAUGGCCCUUUGCUGUUCGUCGAACAGUUCUGCUUUUUAUAUUGAUGUGUUGAAUCAAGUGGACGUACAAGAUUUGAGCAUACAUAAUUCUCUAGCUGUAUUCACGUCAGUUUUAAUUGCAAGACACUGCUUUUCUUUGGAGGACUUUGUUGUGCAUAUAGCACUACCAUCCUUGGUCAAGGCCUGCAACGAGGGUCGCGGAGAUGCAGACAUGGAGGCUGAAGCUGGAGCACGUUUAACUUGCCAUCUGCUCCUGCGGCUUUUUAAAACGGUCGAAUGUCCCCAACCGGCACUGUAUUCCGUGAGCACGAGUCCCCAUCCUCUACCGAAUGGGAACUCCAGGGGUUACAGUAUAAAAUUAAGUUGCGAUAGACACUUACUGGCAGCUGCUCACAAUAACAUCAGGGUCGGUCCGGUUUUAGCUGUACUUAAAGCUAUCCUAGUCGUCGCCGAUGCAACUGCUGGUAAACAACCUCCAAAGAAACCGGACGUACCCAUGAAUCAUUCGAGCAAAGCGGGUGGGCCAGCCAGUGUUGGCGUUGUUACUGCAAGCGGACCAAGCGAACUGUCUAUCAGUCAUAUCCUAGGUACCAGUGACAUUCUCGGCGGUGGUGAUGACUUGGGUCUUGACCUAGCAAUGUCUUCGUCUAGCAGCAGUGCUGGAAUGACCACAGAAAACGUGAAAGGUUUGUCCGAUUUUGCGCAACACGUCCUGAGACAAAUCUGCAGCCAAGAAUGGGUACUAGAGAGAUGUCUACAAAAUCCUGAAGAACUUUGCCAUCCUGAUAUGUUGCUCGACAACAUGUUGACGCCUCGUCAAGCUCAGCGAUUACUCCACAUGAUCUGUUACCCAGAAACUUCUACGGAUGCGUUUAUAGAUCAAAAGACGCAUAUAACGAACAUCCUAGAGAACUUAGAGCAAUGGAGUUUAAGAAUGUCAUGGCUCGAUCUGCAACUUAUGUAUAAACAGUUCCCUCCAGCGUCGAGUGAUCUUUCACAGUGGCUGGAUACCGUCGCCAAAGCUGCGAUCGAUGUAUUUCAGUUGAACAGUGUCUCUAGUAAAUCGGACAAACGAUCCGGUUCGAUAUGGUUAGUCGCGCCCCUUGUUUCAAAACUGCCAAGCGCGGUGCAAGGUCGAGUUCUGAAAGUGGCAGGUCAAGUAUUGGAAUCUGGUAAUUGGUCGAAAACGACGACGGGUCGCGAGAGGAAUAGAUCGAAGUCACCUUCUCUGUUCAAUCAUCAACCGUUCCUCUCGUUAGUGCUCACUUGUUUAAAAGGCCAGGACGACCAAAGAGAAGGUCUUCUGAUGUCUCUGCAUUCGCAAUUAUCGCAGUUCUUGAAUAUCAGCAAGGAGGAGAAGAACUUCGCUGCCGAAGAUCCGAAGACGAGAGAAGUGUUGCAGGAUGCUCUGCAAUUAAGAUUCAGCCUCGUGGGUGGUGUUUUCGAUACUAUACAAAGAAACACAACCGCUACCACAGACUGGGCUAUCUUAUUAGUUCAGCUGGUUAGCUAUAGUGUUAUAGAUUUAAAUAACAAUUCCGAAUUGUUUACGACUGUCAUAGAUAUGUUAGCAACUCUAAUACAUUCUACUUUAGUGUCUGAUUCGCAAUCCGAAAAAGAUGAAAAUAAGAAACAUUAUCAGAAUUUGAUGAAGAAAUUGAAGAAAGAACUCGGCGAUAGGAACUCUUCGAGUAUUCGAUAUAUUAGACAAUUAUUACCUUUACCUAAAUUGACGAUGGAAGUUAUUACGUGCGAGCCUGUUGGAUGUUUAACAGACACCAAAGGCAAUAAAAUAGCUUUCGAUAGCAUCGACAAGAAACAGGGUUUGCGAGUAUGCGAUUCUCAGAGGGUAUCUGCAUGGGAGGUAUUAGAAGGUCACAAGAAUCCAGCCCCAAUUUCCUGGGCCUGGUUCAGGGCAGUUAGGCUAGAGCGUAAACCUCUUACUUAUCAAAAUGCUCAUAAACUUUUGCGAUAUCAUACGCAUAGUCAAAAUAGAGCUCCUAGUCAUUAUUUGGACCCACCGCCGUUACCGCCGGAAGACUUAGAACCAGACAAAAAAGAAUCCGAACCUGGCAAGGCUGACACACCGAUGAGUAUUGAUUCUCCUGGAAGAGUAGCGGGUAACAUUAACAAUGCUGGAAUCGGUAAUGCUAUAACCAAUGGCAAAGGGAAAGCUAUGAAGACACGGCGGCACAGGAGGAGUAAAGGAGCUGCUACUCCAACUACACCUGUUACGCAACAAAUUCAGCAACCACCAAACCAACUUCAGCAGAUGACAUUUGGAAAUCAGCAAGUAGCUGUAAGUCAGCAGCCGGGAAUGUUCCCCAAUCAGCCGACGCAGCAUCAGCAAGCCUGGUACAGCAAUCAACAGGCUCAUCAACCUGCUCAGCAAUAUGGAUAUGGUCAGCAAUUGCCACCAACUCCAGUUGGCCCAAGAUACGAUAGACCAGGCAUGAAUAAUCAAUCGAAACAGGCGCUUUCUCAUAUGUUACGACUACGGUUGCCGUCUACUCAGCUGAUGACCCCGCAACAACAGCCGAAUGCAGCACCAGUCGCUGGACCAGGAGCGUUUCAAGGAAUGCAACGGCAACAGUUCAUUAGACAAGCAUUGAGAGUUCAGCACGGAGCUCCGAAUAUCAACCCUCAGCAAGGAAUGUUUGCUUCGCAGCAGCAGCAACCACAGCCGCAGCAACCAGGAAUUUACACUGGAAUGCAACAAGGAAUGAAUCAAAAUUAUGCCGGAUACGGAGGCCAACAGAUGAUACCACAACAACAGCAACCGCAGCAGCAACAAGCACCACAACAGGCACAACAGCAGCAGUUAUUACAGCAACAACAACAGCAACAAGGUUUGAUGAACCAACAGCAGAGCAUGAUGUUCACUAAUCAGCAACAGAUGAUGGGACCUCAGAGAGGUCAAGAAUACAUACCUCAACAACGUAUGCAACCUGGAGCUACAAGACCACCGUAUCUACAGGCUCCGAAUGUUACGAUGAAUGCGAUGGGUCCAAUGGGUGGUGGAGUGCAGAGUCAACCAGCACCGCCGUAUAGACAAGCAAGCGGAAAACCUGGCACAGUUGGGGUGACGGGUGUAGGUACUACCAAUGUGAGCUUACAACAGAAUCAACAAUUCCAACAGCAGCAGGCAAUAAAUCAGCAGCGAAUGAGGCAACAAAUGCUCGCGAUGCAACAACAGCAGCAACAGCAACAAGCGCAACAACAGCAGCAGCAGCAAGGUAACACGGGUGGGCAACAACCGACACCGCAGCUGGUGACACAUUUGCAACGGCAUCUGAGUCAACCACCGCAACAUUAUCAACAUCAACCACCGCCCUACUAGUAACUUAAUAUGUAUAUAAUUAAUUAAUAUGUUGUAUAAGUGAAAUUUACAUAAACACAUGUAAAAAUCCAGAAUUUUAAGAGUUAACGUAGGUAUGAAUGUGCAACGCAUGCCACGGCAGAGGCAAUAAAGCGAACGAAUUUCGGAAAAGUACUGAAAAGCUAUUCCUAUAGCUUUUCUCUUGAAGUUAAUGCAUAUUGUACGUAUACUAAAUGUAUUUAAUUCAUGCUUUCUUUAAAGAUGUUUUGUAAGGCCUGUACUCUCAAAAUUCAUACAUUGAAAUGAAUUUGCAACUGCAGCUGAGGGUCAGUUUCUUUUUCUGAAAUUAAUAAUAAAUUAAAACAAAAUUCUGUGAAGUUAA